AUGGAACCAAGCAAUGAUACCGGAAUUUCAGACUUUCUUCUUCUGGGAUUAUCAGAGGAACCAGACCUACAGCCCCUCAUCUUUGGGCUUUUCCUCUCUAUGUACCUGAUCACUGUAUGUGGAAACCUGCUCAUCAUCCUGGCUGUCACCACAGACUCCCAUCUCCACACCCCCAUGUACUUCUUCCUUGUGAAUCUAUCUUUUGUAGACAUCUGUUUCAUCUCCACCACUGUCCCCAAGAUGCUGCAGAACAUUCAGAAUAACAGCAAAGUCAUAACAUAUGCAGGCUGCAUCACACAGAUAUACUUUGUCCUACUCUUCGCAGGCUGGGAUGAUUUUCUCCUUACUGUGAUGGCCUAUGACCGCUUCGUGGCCAUCUGUCACCCUUUGCACUACACCGUCAUCAUGAACCCCCGGCUCUGUGGACUGCUGGUCCUGGUGUCCUGGAUCAUCAGUGCUCAGAAUUCCUUGUUACAGAGCUUAAUGGCAUUGCGGUUGUCCUUCUGUACAGGCAUGGAAAUUCCCCAUUUUUUCUGUGAACUCAGUAAGGUUGUUGGGCAAGCCUGUCCUGACAAGUUUCUUAAUGACAUGGUGAUGUAUUUUGCAACUGUGCUGCUGGGUGUUGCUCCUCUGCCUGGGAUCCUUUACUCUUAUUCUAAGAUUGUUUCCUCUAUAUGUCAUAUAUCAUCAAUUCAAGGCAAGUAUAAAGCAUUUUCCACCUGUGCAUCUCACCUUUCAGUUGUCUCCUUAUUUUAUUGUACAGGCUUAGGAGUGUACCUUAGCUCUGCUUCUCCCCAGAGCUCCCACUCAAGUGCAGUAGCCUCGGUGAUGUACACGGUGGUCACACCCAUGCUCAACCCCUUCAUCUACAGCCUGAGGAACAGAGACAUAAAGAGUGCUCUGAAAAGAAUUGUUGGGGUUCCAGUGAUUUAA